CCUCCCGGGCGAAUGAGGCGACUCGCGAACACUUUUAACCCAAUAAUAAUAAUAAUUAACGUGAUAAAACAUCAAAGAAAACGAAGAACAACAUGAAGAAUUCCGGCUGGAAAAACUGGAUAAUGUGGUGCGUCGCGACGUCGGUACUUUUAGCGGGUCACCACCUCACGACGGUACUCGCCAAUCCGGACGCCAAACGGUUGUACGACGAUUUGCUCAGUAACUAUAAUAAGUUAGUGCGACCCGUGGUGAACACUUCGGACGUUCUUCGGGUGUGCAUCAAGCUCAAGUUGAGUCAGCUUAUUGAUGUGAACUUGAAGAACCAAAUCAUGACUACGAAUCUAUGGGUGGAGCAGGUAAAAAAUAUUAAAUAUUUUUUUAAUAUAAAUAUAUUCAUCGUGUAUAUAUUCCUUCAGUCAUGGUACGACUAUAAGUUGAGAUGGGAACCCAAGGAGUACGGCGGGGUGCAUAUGCUCCACGUGCCCUCCGAUCACAUCUGGAGACCGGACAUCGUACUUUAUAAUAACGCCGACGGUAACUUUGAGGUGACCCUCGCGACCAAAGCGACCAUUUACCAUCAGGGGUUGGUCGAGUGGAAACCCCCGGCCAUCUACAAGAGCUCGUGCGAAAUCGACGUCGAAUAUUUCCCGUUCGACGAGCAGACUUGCGUGUUGAAGUUUGGUAGUUGGACGUACGAUGGGUUCAAGGUCGAUCUGCGUCACAUGGACGAAAAAGCGGGCAGCAACAUCGUGGACGUCGGGGUGGACCUAUCGGAGUUUUACAUGUCAGUCGAAUGGGAUAUUUUGGAAGUACCUGCCGUAAGAAACGAGAAGUUCUACACGUGCUGCGACGAACCUUACCUGGACAUCACGUUCAACAUAACCAUGCGAAGGAAAACCCUCUUUUACACCGUCAACAUCAUCAUUCCGUGCAUGGGCAUCUCUUUUCUAACCGUGCUUACCUUCUACUUACCCUCGGACAGUGGUGAGAAGGUGACACUGUCGAUCUCAAUCCUGAUUAGUCUCCACGUGUUCUUCCUGCUAGUAGUGGAAAUCAUCCCGCCAACCUCCUUGGUCGUUCCCCUGUUAGGGAAAUACCUGAUCUUCGCCAUGAUCUUAGUUUCCAUAAGUAUAUGUGUGACCGUGGUGGUGCUAAACGUCCACUUCCGGUCACCACAGACCCACCGGAUGUCACCGUGGGUAAAACGCGUUUUCAUCCACAUCUUGCCGAGACUUUUGGUUAUGAAGAGGCCCCAGUACGUGUUCGAUACCCACAGUAGAUUCAUGACCAACCGACUAUUAUCCACCAGCGGUACCAACAUCUCCACCUCUUGUAUAUACCCGUAUCACACGACCGUGAGGAGACCCAGUUGCAGCCCUAAGAGACGGAUGCCGCCACCCACCAGCAGGACACCCUCGAGGGAAAACAUUUCGCACAGUUUAUCAGAUGGUGGUCCCUUUGGUAGCACGUGCCAAAUACACGGUCCGAUGGCCUCCACCCCCGCCACCGGUUCCGAAGACAUCACGGAGUCGCUGGAUAACGGUAGUACGGAGGGCCCCGCCGGCGGUCUUAAGAGCCCCCUUUUGCUCAAAAAUCCCGCGUUCAGUCACUCCAAGUGUCCCCUGGAGGUGCACAAGACUUGUUUCUGCGUCAGGUUCAUCGCGGAACAUACGAAAAUGGUGGAGGAUUCAACGAAGGUGAAAGAAGAUUGGAAGUACGUUGCUAUGGUCCUGGAUCGGUUGUUCCUUUGGAUAUUUACGUUGGCGGUGCUAGUGGGUACUGCUGGAAUAAUCCUGCAGGCACCCUCACUGUACGACGACCGCACCCCGAUCGACAAAAAGUUCAGCGAGUUCGCCACCACUGUUGUCAGAUGUCCCCCUCCUUAGAGCCUUAAUAACAAAAUUAAAAAAAAAAAAUUGAAUUUUUAAUUUUAUACGACGAAAAAAACCCAAUUUAUCAAUUUGUAAUUGUUAUAGAGAGUAUUUUGGUAUUAUAUAGGGUUGCCUCUAUAAAACCAUAUUAUUAUAUAGUAGGUAGGCAUUGAAUUGUUAAAUAAUUUAUAAAAAAAAAAAAUGGCCCCUGUCCCCCUACCCUUAUUCGCUGCUUAUGACUUGGGGGAGGGAUUUUAUUAAAUUUUAUAAAAAUUUGUAUUAUGGUGAAAAAGGCUUUUAACGUUAAGGCAUUUUAGUACUUAGGGUCAAUAGUUUUACAGCUAAGGGAGGUUAUAAACCGCUCUAUUUGGAGUGUAUUCCAUCUUAAAUUUGGAUUAGUAGGUGUUUUUUUGGAACACCCUGUAUAGUGUUAAUGGAUUUAGAGCGGAGUAUAUGGUUUUUAAUGCAUAAUCUUAAGAAAUACGAUGUCUCUUUUCUUCAAAUUCUGCCCUUCCAAAAUCUUCCUUAAGAGUCCCAAUUUUUAUUUAUUUUGAAUACCGACCUGGAAUUUUUUUGAAAAAUUUAUAUUAAAAAAGUUAUUCCAGGUCCUGUCUUGAAUUAAAAAAAAACACGAAUUUUUCAAAUAAAGUCUUAUGUCCAUUUUUUUUGGAAUGUCUUUCUUAAGAGCCCCAGUUUUAUUGAAAAAUCCAUCUUAAU